AUGGGUGAUGCUUUAGGAAAAAUCAGAGAUAGUAUCAAAUUUGUUGAAGCUUCAGAGGCUCGGGGUAAGUUGUUUGCAACCUGUGUGGAUUCUGCUGGGAUUGAUGUUAAGGCUGGUUUAACAUUGGAUGUACCAACUCGCUGGAACUCUACAUUUAAAAUGCUUGAUAGAGCUAUUGUCUACCGUUUUGCAUUUGAUAGUUAUGAAGGCAUUGAUCCAAGUUACAAGGCUCUUCCCACAGAUUCUGAGUGGGAACUAGGCGUACAAAUCUGUGAGCUCCUGCAACCGUUUGAUGAGAUAACCAACCUGAUUUCAGGUUCAACUUAUCCGACCUCCAACCUGUAUUUUAUGCAAGUGUACAAAAUUGAGUUUUGGCUAAAAGCACAUGAGUAUAGUGGAGAAGCUGUUAUUAUCAAUAUGGUUGAGACAAUGAAAGAGUAUUGUUACACAAAUCUGGAUGAGAGUACUUGUCAACAAAAAAUGGAGCACGUGCAAGAGAAACUGAAACUGCUUUUUCAAUCUUAUUCCAAGCCAGCAGCUGAAAGUUCAUCAUCGGUGGCUGGAGUUGUUAAUUUUCAGUCGCAUGGGAAGGGUGUCAUCAAUUAUAAUGAUUUUCACAACUUUCGCAAAAAGAAUGUUAGUGCUAGUGGAAAAUCUGCAUUGGAUAGGUAUUUGGAAGAACCACUAGUAGACAUGGAGAUGUUUCCAACUUUAGAUGUCUUGAGUUUUUGGAAAGAAAAUUCUCAUCGGUUUGGGGAGUUAUCUAGGAUGGCAUGUGAUCUUCUCAGCAUACCUAUAACAACGGUAGCAUCUGAGUCUUCCUUUAGCAUUGGAUCACGGGUCUUAAAUAAAUACAGAAGUUGUCUUCUCCCACGAAAUGUCCAAGCCUUGAUAUGUGCUCGUAAUUGGCUUCGAGGUUUUGAAGCAUAUGACAAUGAUAAUGGUGCAUCCGAUGGUGAAGAUGAUAACUUACCUUCACUAGAGUCGUUGGCUUCCACUUCGUAA